UCGCGUCCGUCUCGGGCUGCAACUUAUUUCAGGAAACUAUGGAGCUGUACAAGAGAAUGCCCGCGAGCGCGUACGCCGGAUUGUAUCGUCACGGUGAGCUCUGCUCUAAUUGCGGGCACGAGGAGAUGCCGCGUGGCACCACGGUACACAGGAGGAGAACGAGAAAUUAUGAGAAGCAUUGUCCCUCGUGCCACUGCCCGCCCGAGAGACGAAGAUUCUCUUCGCCCGGUAGACCGAGAACUUCGGAAAACGUGGAAGCAAUGAUAAAUCGAUGUGAGCGCGUCUUCGCGGAGCCGAUGAGCUCGCAGGCCAUCAAGAAGUCGCAGAGCAGUCCUCUGUCGCAGAAGCUAUGCUGUCACGAGUGUCAACCGGAUGUUCGCUCUUGUUAUCCCAGACGGCCGCUGCAGACCCGCCAUCAGCGAAGAACCGAGCGCGAUAGAUAUCCGUUCAGGAUGAAGGGAGAUGCCGCGAACGCGGAACUGACGAACGAAGAUAUCGCGGUUUGCUCCAAGUACGCGCGAGCGGCACCCGUCAAGAGCUCGCUGAAGAAACACAAUCGUUGCAGACAGCCUGAGAGAUCGCCAGACGAGCAGGAAUGUUCCGAGAGCGAGGUGUCGAUGAAGUGUAUCCCGCGCGUUCUCCAGUCGAGGACGUUGCGCGUGCCAGAUCCUGGACCGAGGCGUCGUUACGUCGGCAACGGGGACGGUGACGACGUCGCGGUGGCGAGGAACGAGAGCGACGUCGAGUUGGAGAAACUCAUCAUGGCCCUGCCUUCACUCGAUCAUCUAGAGAGGCCGAAGCAAGGCGACGGCGAGGCGACAGUGACGAUGAGCGAGGACGACAAGAGGCUCGAGCGACGGAGAGCCGACGUCGCGAGAACGGCGAAAUCGAGAAAGCUCGGGGACGUCGCCUCCCGUUGCGUGGAGAGUAGGUCGUCCGCGCUGAUCGAUCAGUCAGUCAACAGAUCCACGAGGGAAUCCGCGCAUCUAACGAAGCUGGAUCUCCACGCGGCGAAAACUCGCAUUUUGGAAUCGAUCGAUCGCAUGCUCGGGACCAUGGACAACGCCAAAAACGACGCGCCUGUGCAGCAGGAGCAAACGGAGCCGGAGACCCUCGAGAAGAUAACUCGCGAACUCCAGGAGAACGGCUGGCAGUUAUUGUUCAACGGCCUGACGAUCCGUAGAGACUCAGUGGACCCUAGCAGGCGAAUUGUUCGUCUCGAAUGUCUGAAUCACAUUCGGCAGCAACUCGACAAACUCUACGCCCUCGAGUCGACUCUGGACAAUUGUCCGCCCAAGCUGCAGCCUCUGUCGAGCCGCGAUAUGCCGCGCAACGAGGAGCGUCAACAGACACAGCAUCAAUUAGAGCAGAAGACUACGGAUUCUUGAGCCACGCCGAAAGCCCGCGCGUAUUCUUCGUUCAAGCCACCACCAUAAAUUCGCGAGGACCCACGCGUCGAUUGUGCAAUAUAUUAUUAUAUUUUAUAUUUAUAUAUUUUUUCAUGUAUCGUGGGUAUUUAUAGAACGCUGGGGAAUAGUCGCGAAGGCGGGUAUCCAUUGCGCGUUAAGAGCGCAGACUGCAGAGGUGCAUUAAAAUAUCUACGCACGUGUGAACCAAUUGAAAUGCGUAAAAUUUGAUAAAACAUAAAUGCCGCCAACUCCGCGCGCGUU